UUAUUUUUUCCGACACUGAAAAUGCUUCAUUUAGUGUAUAUAAAAUAUCAUUCAUGUUUAUAUUUGCCUAACGAAAAUACACGAAGGAAUUUUUGCAGCUGUAUAAAAGCUGAGUAAUAAAUUUCUUGGUUUUUAAAGAGUGUCCACAAGCGGUUGACGGUAAUAGUUUCUGACAACACGAGGAGGUGUCCUCGGUGUAACAAGAAAUUGAAGGGGGAAAAAAACCAAGGAAGUAGCGAGAUGGGGAAUUUGAGUCUGACACAAGCGUAGUGUGCUCCAAAGAUUAGGAGGAGAGGAUGCUGCUCUUCGCCGGGGCAAGGAACAAUGGGACACAGAGAGCCCCAGUGACUCAAGACCAGGCCAGUGACUGGGUACUCAGAAGACAAGAAAAAAUAUGUGCCUCAUCUGCACUGCUGACUUUGCAAGAUAGCAGAGGAAAAAAAUAAUACAGUGAAGCUUGUUCAGUACAUUUUAGGAACUCAACAGUCAAAAUAGUAGAACUAACCUUGUGGUGGGGAAAAAAUGAAUUUCCUGUCAACUUUUGUGACAUUUGAGAGCCUCCAUGAAGUUCGAAGAUUGUGCCACUGGGGUCCAAUCAUAGCUCUGUCUGUCAUCACUAUAUGCUCUACCAUGGCAAUUCUAGACUCCAUUAUCUGGUACUGGCCGCUAAACACUACAGGAGGCAGCAUAAAUUUCAUCAUGCUCAUCAACUGGACUGUCCUCAUCCUCUACAACUACUUCAAUGCCAUGUUUGUUGGACCUGGAUACAUUACUCUUGGCUGGAAACCAGAGAAUCAAGAGGAUACCCAGUACCUACAGUACUGCAAAGUGUGCCAAGGGUACAAGGCCCCCAGAUCCCACCACUGUCGCAAGUGUAACAGGUGUGUGAUGAAGAUGGACCACCACUGCCCCUGGAUCAACAACUGCUGUGGCCACCUGAACCACGCCUACUUCACCAGCUUCCUGCUGCUAGCGCCAAUGGGCUGCUCACAUGCUGCCAUCAUCUUUAUUAUGACCAUGUACACUCAGCUGUAUGAGAGGAUAUCAUUUGGCACUGUGAAGAUUGACAUGAGUCCUGUGCGUCAGUUCUCACCCCUCAUGCCCUUCAGUGUUCCCGCUUUUGCUGCCACACUCUUUGCCUUAGGUUUGGCACUGGGCACCACUAUUGCUGUUGGCAUGCUUUUCUUCAUACAGAUGAAAGUCAUCUUACGAAAUAAGACCUCGAUUGAGUCCUGGAUCGAGGAAAAGGCCAAAGACAGAAUACAGCACUACCAAACAGGGGAAGAGUUCAUCUUCCCUUAUGACCUUGGCAGCCGCUGGCUGAACUUCAAGCAAGUGUUCACAUGGUCAGGGAUGCCCAAGGGUGAUGGCAUUGAAUGGCCAGUCUACCCCAAGUGUCACCAACACACCUUAACUAUUGAGCAGCUGAAGCAGAAAGCUGAUAAACAAGUGAGAAGUGUGCAAUACCGAGCAGUAGAGAAUUAUAAUGGAGCUUGCUGUCCUCUCAGCAAGGGUCUCCAAACCUUUUUCAGAACCCCUUGCACUGAGGAGCCCAGGAUCCCACUCAGCAAAGGGGACACCAUCCUGGCCACCCGUGGCACCAAAUGGUGGAUGUAUGGAGACAAAGUUUUGAGCGAGGAGCAAAUGACAGCAGGAGAGCGUGUAAGGGGAUGGUUUCCAAGGCGAUGUGUGGAGAAGUGCCAUUAUGACACAGCUGUCAGUGAUAGUGCCGGCGAUAAGAAAGUAAAUUAAUAUAUUUUAGCAGACAUUAUGUGGAGCAGUGGGGUUAAACUGAACAAAAGUUUUCAUCCAUGCACAACUGAAGAUGUCAUGCCCGAUGCUGCAGGCUCACAAUCAACAGUUUCAUAGCUGGAUUAAAAGGUCACACAUUUCAAUACCGACUUGACGUUUAAGUCUUACUGAGCACUUUGCUGUGAAAUAAUGUGUUGAACAGAACUUGAGGAGUUCAGUUUGACUCCUUUGACCAAAAGUGAAACCCAGCAACCUAGUCUUAAUGUCCAAGAAAUGCCACCAGGCUUUUGUGUGACGUUUACUUGAAUCUUUUGUUUUUACUUGUGUUGGUGUCCUUUUUUCUAAUUACUGUAUGCAAUGCCUCUGCCCAGCUAACCCCAGGGCUUCGUCAUGCAACUCUUUAUACAGUGUGAAGAAAAUACUAGGAUUCUUUUGAUUAUUUUUGUAAAAACCAAUUAUUGGCCUCAAAGUAUAAAUUAAAAAAUUAAAAAAGGU